AUGUUCUCCGGUUCUGGCAAACCCAACGCCUUGGAGGAUUUCUUGGCGGACUGCAUGUCUGAAUUGAAGGACCUCCUAAGUAGUGGUCUGCGUCUUCCGCAGAUGGAUAAUCUUAUCAGGGUGUUCCUCGAGAAUGACAUCUGCGACACGCUUGCCCGGUCCUAUGUCAUGCAGGUGAAAGCCCAUAAUGUCUACUACGGAUACAACAGGUAUGUUAUUUCUUAAAAGUAACGGCAACUUCUUUAGGUGUUGUCAUGAGGGCAUGCCCCUAGCAAACCGCGUAACAUUUCCAACGUAUAGUGGGCACUUGCGGGACGACAGAUCAUUUAGAUUGCGAAGUCAGGCGCCGCACCACAAGGGCAUAUCAUUGUUCGAAGAUUUGUCUAUUGAUAUGGUUGCCUCGUUUCCAAUAGAUUACAUGCACAUUGUCUGUCUGGGUGUCAUGCGUAAGUUGAUACAUUUAUGGCGACUGUGAACCAACAGGUCAUCCACCCAACUGAGCGUCACCGUCAAAACAUGAAGUCAAUGUUUGCCUGCUGAAUUUUCAUGCAAAUGCCGACAUUUUGACUGUCUUAAAUACUGGAAGGCCGUUGAAUAUCGGCAAUUUUUAUUGUAUAUAGGUCAAAUUGUUUUGUCUCCUUUUCUCGAUGAAUCAGGUUACAAUAAUGUUUUGCUCCUGUCCGUUGCCACUUAUAAAUUUUGUCACUCGACCUUGCAUAUAUCUCACGUAGAUUUUGUCCGCCUUUUGGUGAAUAAUUUUGUUUCUGCUUUUCCAGUUUUAUAUAACGAUGCAAAUGUUGUUUACAAUGUCCAUGCUCUUCUUCACAUACCCGAUGAUGUCAGUCGGCUUGGAAUUUUAGACCGGUUUUCUGCAUGUGGAAAUACUCGAUCAUUGCACCUAACUUUAAAUCGGCAACCGAUCUCAUAUCCAAGUCUAUCGUGGUGUUCACCGAACACCAGCAAUAGUUAAAAUCCUCAAGAAAAUAAUUUAUAACCAAUAACUAGACCAUCUCAUAAGCGCCAACCGCAUGCACCCCUCUCAACAUGCAUUUUUACCUAGAAAGUCAUGUCAGUCCCGCCAUCUCGCUUUUCUGGAAUUCGUUUCUAGCUAUAGAGAUGAUGGAAACACAGUAGCUUCAACAUACUUCGAUCUAAAAAAGGCCUUUGACAAAGUCCCUCUUAAAAGACUACUGAUAAAGCGAAAAAGUCAAGGAAUUCGGCCUCCCCUUCUUGAUUUUCCCAAAUCCUCUCUUCAAAACCGAUAUCAAGUGGUGUAAAUUUGAAGCGUAGUCUCGGAACCAUCCCCCAUUGCCAGAGAGGUACUUCAGGGCACUAUCCUACGUAGGUCCCCUUCUCUUUAUCAUAUACAGUAUCAUAUCAGUAUCAGCUAAAACGUUUUUAUAUGCGGACGACCUGAAACUUGCAUACGCAUAUAACGGGAAUGCAGUAGACGAUACUGACGGAACAAUCGAAACCGAUCUCAGAAAAUUCAGCGAAUGGAGUAGUCAGUGGCAAAUGCCAUCCUCAUCUGCGCAGUGACAUCAUCUGAUCUUUGGUCCAUAAAAACUUCCUCACGAAAUAUUCCAGGAUAAUGAAAAUUCGGAAGCCUAAUCAAUAAAAGACUUAGGCCUGAAUUAUACAAAUGCCCUUGACUUAUCGUCCCACAUCCAAAAUAUAUCAUCGAAAGACACUCAUAUGUGCGGAUUCAUAUGUUAAACUUUCCCUUUAAAUGCACUAAAAAUACAACUUUUCAAAAUGUAAGUUUUACCUCUCCUAGAUUAUUGCUCAAUUUUCUUCAGCAUAAUACCCUCAGACGGCCGAAAAAAACAAGAAGGCAUUCAGAGACGUUUUACUAGAUCUUUGUCCAGAAGUGAUGGCACCCAGGGUUCAUACUAAGAACUCUAUCAUAAAUGCGGUCUUCGAGCCCUCUGGAACAGAAGACUCCAAAAUGGUCUAAACUUCCUAUCAAAGGUCACCCAUGACCGAGAUAUUCGCAAAAUGAAUUCACUAACAAACAAAAACGUCCCCAGAAACGCCAGAAACAGCGAAGAUAUUAUAAGGAUUCCCAAAUUCACAAAGUCCCAAAGGUCAAAUGUCUACUUCAUAAGAUCUGUCAGUAUCUGGAAUGCUCUUCCAAGUUCUAUCCGGAAAAGGCGAGACCUAAUCGAGCUUUUUUUAAAAAAACGAAUAAAUCCCUUUCAAAUAACAAUACACAUUUACAUCUGAAUAAGAUAGGACAUUUUUCAGGUCAAUUCUUCGAUAUAGAAUUGGGUCCAAAAGUGCUCUGCUGAUGCCAGCCGCUUGAAUAAUACCGGAACAUGGCACUAAAAGCAAGCAACUUUAUGAAAGACAGCAUCACCGAUAACCAUAGGACAGAUGGUGAUAUUCUUUCUUUCGGUCCUUCCUCGUUUCCAUCAGCUAAGUCAUCUGACAGUAAAUAUCCCUUAAGGAGCUAAUAAUAACAUCCCUUUCGAUAAAACCCAGCAUAUUUGUUGUGCGGAAGUCGAUAUUAAGGCCAUAUCAAACAUAAAUACAACUAUAUUAGACCAUAAUAAACAGUCGACCACUACUCCUAUAAUGUCACCUCGAAAAUAAGUUCAAGGUCAGGCUGAUAUCAAAGUUUUUAAUUUCCAUGAAGGACAUAUUAUUAAUGCCAACAGAAUCUACCAAAUUGCGUAGUCUAAUUUUUACAUUGUACAUAUCGUUCUUUUUUAAGAAAUUCUGCGAUUAUUUUGCCUUGGAACUCGGGUUUUUUAACUUACAACAAACUCUCCCAUCGCGCUCUAUUGGCUGAUCAGACACCCCAAACAAACUAAAUCAAAUUGCAUUCGAAAUGGAUGAGUUUGCUUUAGGUUUUUUUCCCGUGUUCAAAGAGGAAUUACAGUGCCCAAGGGGCGCUAUAAUAAACGUAUUCUAUUUCCGUUUAAAUCCCUUUUGCGAAACCUUCGUAACUGCAUAAAAGGGCCAUCUGACACCGCCGCACAGGUGUUCAGACAGUACAGUGAGAAACGUCUGCCUGAGUUGCUAGCAUCCUCCACGUUGUUGGACGACGAUAAGGGGGUCGAACGGCCGUUGCAGUUACCCCGUGCAUCGACCGCAAUCUUACAUAACGGGCAUGUUUUGUCCACGGACGAGCCCAGUAAUGUGGUUCUCUUCGGCGGUAGACCGGUACGCAGUGACAUCUGUGUCGGCCACCGAAUUACAGUACCGCUCGUUCAUAGAUUUCCGAGACUUGUUUACAAGGCCUAUGUCCGCUUCCACGUUUCAUAUGCUUAAAGCCUCCGUCUUGAUGGACUCUUCCACGACUGCUGCCCUUUCGGACAUCGUAUGUAAAUACGUUCCCUUUAAAACUUGCGAUGAAUUUUUCCUUGUUCCCCCUUGCAUACCUAUGGUCAAAAAGGACUUUUCUGUCAUCUUUUUACACAUUGUUCAUGUACACUAGCAUAUUUACUAAGAAUUUUCUAAGUACGCGUUCUGCCGAGUGCAUGACUGGAAUUGAACACUAUCCCGAAGAUAUACUGAAUCGUUGAGAUCAUGAACGAAAAUACGGUCGCUGCCAUCGCGAGCUCUUAGUUCUUUGACAAGAACUUUGCAAUAUGACCGUGGUUUGACAGACAGCGCACAAGACUUUUAGAGAGGAACGAACGCCCGCCAUAGGGCGUUAAAGUCCAUCCAGUGAGGGUUUGGAAAGAAAACCUCACUCUGGAGAAGGCACACCGUGUGGUACAUAGAGCGGAAGACACGGACCACCUCUCCAGUACGGACCCCAAGGAAUUGGGGAGGGGCUUCGGGAGAAAUCAGGCGCAGCAUACAUUUUAUAUCUUCCUGUAGGUAUGCCUGUCAGAUGACAUCUGACGACGACAAUGCAGACGACGACGACGACGCACACGAUCGUUCAAGGCAGUCAGAAAGGUGGCUAUUUGGCUGGCCCAAACCGCCACACAUACGUCAGUAAAAAUCACUUCCUCGAACAAGCUGUAGGUCCAUAGCCUAUGAAAACAUACUUCGUAUUCCAGACGCAGGCAGAAGACGUAUCCCGGUUUUAAUAUUGGCAACACACGAGUAAGCAAGUCCAAACAUUAUGUUUUCUCCAGACUGUCACCGAACACACACGAGUCAUCAAAAUCUAUGCAGGCGGAUUUAGCUGCCAUAUUGUGAGCCAUUUCUCCUUCAGGUCGACAUUUAAUUAGUAGGAGAACGGAUUCCUUCACCCAGCAGAUGGUAGCGUUGCUUAAUGAGAUGCACCAACUAAAGGUGAUUGUUGCUGAAAGUUUGAGCCUCCUUCAGCAAUCCGCGGUGAACAAUCUGCGAACAUCUCCAAUGUGUCUGCCUUUGUGCACCACUUAGGCAUGUGAAGACUUCGUCGCUAGACUGAGUGCUGAGCCACAGUUUAGAGAAGAGGUGGUACGUAUAUAUGCAAAUCAAUUAACUAUUUCUGUCUAGCAGGUUAAAUAGCUUACUAUUGUGGAGGGCCGCACUGAAAAGGAGUUAUAAUAAUAAUUUUAUUUAAUGCCAGUUUACAGGCGUUGUCAGGUGAAGCGUUAGACACAAAUCCGAUCAGCAGUGAAAAAACACAUGUGAAAAAGGAAAAAAAUAUAGUUGCUGGUGGUUUUUAUGGUUUGGAGAAUUCAGGAGAAAAAAACUGCUGACGACAAACUUUCGACCGUCAAGAAGGGAGGGGUUGCACGGUAUCGGAGAUUAUCAGACGCCAAUUCCUAUCAUGAAGUUGGGGAUAGUCAAAGUAGAGGCGUUGAAGAGAAGCUGUCGCUGAUGGCCAACUAAAGUGUACCUGGUGAGGCCGGCCAUAGUGUUCAGCGACCACAAACGCCAUCGCCACUUUACAGUCGAUCAGUGGAUUCAGCACCCUAAUUUUGUGGGAGCCUUUCUGAAUGCAAAAAUCAAGUAAUAGUUCUUUUAAAUAAAGGAUAAUUUUGCAGAGUUUUCACACUCAUGGGUAGUUUAUUCCAAAUAGCAAUUGCAUUUACAGAAAAGGAUCGACGAUAUUUAACAGUACGUGCCAGAGGAAGAAAUAAAAAGACCUUACGGUGACUGUUACGUCGUGGGUGGAUAUGAUGUCUUAAAGAGGUGAGUGGGUUAAAUGUGUGAUUAUAUAAGAGUUUAAAUAGCAAAAAUAGUCCCUUUUGUAAUCUACGGAACCAUAAAGGAUCGAGGCCCGUAAGCCGGCAACGUUCUUGGUAAGACAAAUGUCGGUGUUCCGCGGCUACAAUUCUCUUGGUAAAAAAGUGUUGAACGGAUUCUAUUUUCUUCCGCUCAGUAGCACGCAUGAGGAUAAAUAAAAACGAACAGUAUUCCAGGCCAUGUCUAACGUACAUGUUGUAAAGGCGCAUUCUAAUGUCUUUAAUUUUAAAGUUUCGGAGGAUAAACCCGGUCGUUUUACGUGCUUUGGAGACUAUCAAGGCACAGUGCUCCGAGAGACUGAGACUCUUACAGAAUGAUACGCCCAGGGUUUAUCCGACAUCUUCUGAGUGCUCUGUUAGGACCGCCCUUGAGCCUCAACUUCUGUUGGAUAGUUCUACAGAAGAACGCUCGUUCUCUGGUUCUCCGUUGUACCCCAUUCUUAGCCGUAUAUCUAUUUCUUUAUGACACUGCAGAGGCCAUUCGACAAAAUACAUUAUUUAGUGACUGCUCGGAGGAGCUAGCUGGAAGAUUUGCAAUCGAUUGGUUUUACGAGUCAAGAGACCGGUAUGGCAGCAGACAAGUCGCCGUGACAGCAUCGGGAAAGUACAUUUAUCAUAUUUACUUUGCUCUCAACAAUGCACUUACGUGUCCAAAGGGGCCACUGAUGUCGAACUACUUCAAACAUCAUCUCCGUCCAAGGACACUGUAAGUCCGAUUGUAAAACUGUACGUUAAUGUUAACAUAAACACCUUGUUCCCAAUUAAUGAAAUAUUAGAUCAUAAGGGUUAUAUUAAAUGCCAUAGGAAGGGUUUGAGUGAUAGGAGGGAACAUAUUUGCGUUUCGUAAUGUCAUUACAAGCAAUUGUUUGAGUAGUACAAUUUUUCUUCGCAUUUUAAGGGUUUAUGCAAUAUCCCGUUGAUACCCGUACAGUUGAUCACGAAAUGACCAUUUUUAAACAAUGCGAUCCUUUUCUUUAAUUUGCUGACUCUUAAAUUUAUACUAUCAUAGAAGUUAUGUUUUUAGGUGGCAGAUUAUUCUUUAUUCCAGCAAAACUUCUGCGACGACAAAAUUAUAGUAGCAAACUGUUGUCAUCGUUGAAAGUGUUAACACAAUUAUUUAUCGCGUAUUUUAAAUCGCGCGGUAUUUCACUGUGUCCUUUUACAGUUCGGCUGUCUAGUUUAACUACCUUUUAUUUAUUGUUUUAACACUUCCUUUACUGUUCUCUCUUUCUAGGGAACUGCGACAGAUAACAAACACUUUACUGAUAAUUUCUGUGAUCGUACACAUUUUCCUUAUAUUUUAAUACUUUGUAUGUUGCCAAUAAACUGCUUUUUCUCACUUGAUUGGGUUCAUUGUCCGAUAGCGUUAUGGAGAGGGUUAGGCGCGGAUGCGCUAGGACGUCUACAGACGCUUGGGUCACAUGAGAGGAUGCCGAUCUACGAUGCGCCAUACGUGAUACAUUAUAAUGAGGACAACAAAGUCGUUAUCUGUGGAAGGAGCAGGAAAAGGUGGAAGGGAGACGUCCCGCUGUGCAUUGUUUUCGCGUGAGAGAGCAAUAGGGGGCAGGAGCGUCGUUAACUCAGCCACAGCUCCUUAUCGUCACCUAAAGUCCCGUGGGGUUUAAGGGGGUUCGGCAGGGCUGGUGCUAUCAGGGAAUUGACCCUGAUGGGUACUUAAUAAAAUUUUGUUUAUUUGUUUUAAAAUUUAAGACAAUUGGAAGAUAUUAUUUUUAGUAGUUUUUUUUUGACAGACCUAGAAAUUUAACCCCUGUUUUAUGCUUUCAUUUCCUUAAAUAUAGGAAUAUUCACUCAGAACUACCAGUUGCCAUUUCCUUUUAAGUUCUGCUAGUCCGUGCUUGUUGACUACCAGUUGUUAUCCAAAGAAAGGCAUUCAAUGUUAACGUGAAGUAGGUGGUUUAAUAGGAUGCGAAGGGGGAAACGGUAUAUAAUAAAAGAAAAUAAGAAAGUUUGGGCACUGUGCGAUGCGAAUUUCGUGAAUGAAUCUGUACGUAACAUUGUCGUCGUUUCCCGGAUAUAAUGAACACUCGAUGUAUACUAGAUACCCAUUUAUCGCGAAAAACCAAAGCCUACUCGACCUACCAAUAUCACAUAAUCCAUAUCUACUCGACAUCACGCAGAUGCACACAUGCUAAAUGGACGGCCAUAGGCGUUAUCACUAAAACCGAAUAUGUAAGUGUUGCCGAUGUUACCUUUUUGAAACUUUGCGGAUGAUCUUAAAAUAUAUGCUACAGGUGCAUUUCUGAGCACUCUCAGACUGCUUAUUUGUCCUUACAAUGCUCUUGGCUGUUUUUCUGCCCGCUGAUUUAUUUCCGGUUAUUCCCAACCAUGUCUUGUUUUUAGUGUCUCUCUGUUUUAUUCAAAAGUUCAUUUCCGCCAUUCUUUACGCUUUUUCUCGAAAAAUCUAGUCUUUGGUAACUGUCAUGCAGCUUAGUUGUCACCGCCUGUUCACGUCCUCGACACCCUUGGGUCACUCCAUUAACGUAAACACAUCACAGUCGUUUCAAAUUUAAGUGCUGGUUCUGCAUAAAAGCGCUGAAACAGAAAGACAUAUUUGAUUUCAAAACAAAGUCUACGUUCGACCUUAAACUUUAAGGCAUGCGAUGCAGUACUUUUACUUUACCCACUGUCAGGCGCGAAGGACGGUUGCUCGUUGCCCGUUCACAACGUACGUGUUUUUUUGUCUCGGUAUCAACUGUUGAGUCAUAUAGGGUUUGAAAACCUGGAGUCUCAGAAUAUGUGUUAUUUAUAACAUAUUUUACUUCUAGUGUUUCAACCGACUUUUAAUUUUGGUAUCUACCGGCUUACAGGGUAAUUUUUAGCCUAUGUUUACCCGUGAUAGCAUUCUAGUUGCCCAGGGCUAGCCCGGUCGAGAGCUAGUCUUGCGAUUGGCUGACUCUUUUCGAUUAUUUCUCCGCGCAGAAAUUCCUUUGUGUGACUGGCACCACACACGCACCGUUAGCCAAUUAAAUUACUAUUUCUGCGCUAGCCCGCAAAUCAAACGGGCUAGCAACUUUUUAGCCCUGGGCGCCUAAACUCAUUCAGGGUUCGAGGGUCGCCUUCAUUUCAAACUAUCUAAUUGUUUCUGCCCAUUAUUAGUUAACUGAAUGAGAGAAGGCUGUUCAAAAGAGUGCAGAUUAGGUAUAAGAUGGGGGUGUAUCCCAACCCCUGUCGCAUUGUAUUUUGUAGACCAAAGAUAUGCCUCCCGACAAAAUCACACUCCAUAGGGCUAGCCUAUACGGUCUGUCUGUCUCCAGUUUUGUGAUUUACUGACUCUUGUUGGUAGUCCCAUUAGGUAUAAUCCCCCCUACAACCCCGUCAAGUAAUUGGUAUCAGAGGCCAGCAUUAUCACUAGUCGCACACAAACCGGAAAUCUGGACCGCUAGUGUAGGGCCAGACAGGAGCUAGUACAAUGCUAUCAGGUUCUAAGGCGAAUGCUUACAGCCUCCGAGGGUAAACAUCAGAUGGCGAAAUUCCGGAAGUAAAAGUUAUUUGACAGCACCAGUACACAGCUCUCAAAGUCUGCAUCUGAUUGAGGUAAUCCAGGGCGCGACUAAAACAUCACCGGCCAUUUUUGGCUUUUCGAUUUUGUGUAUAGGGGUUUCUUUCUUAUGCCCCUAAUAGCAUUGCACCUGCACAAAACUGGCUCUUAUCGUCGGUUUGUGGCUACUUUUGUGACUGCCUGGCUUUUGUCAGCGGUGCUUGCAGGCACAAUCCUCCCAGCAGUACUUUCGCCUGACUGACGUCAGAAGUCACGUCGCGUCAACCAACCGGAUAAUCAGCCGCACAUAAGCAACCAAAUUUGAGCUACUAGUUUGGGGCUGCUCAGAUGCCAGUACAUUGUUGUCGGUGUGUACCCCGUAACCGAAGUCUUUUUGGGCAUCGCUUCUGUUUAGGAUGUCAACAUUUAUUCCAGUGGUGUGCAUUAUCUUACUUUGUUUCUAAUGACAGAGCUGACCUGUCAUCCGCCUAACUGUUCCCAUUAUUUCGUUUUGAGGUUCUGACGCUGUUAUGAUUGCUUAUUCUGUUACGAUAAACGUAAUACAACCCAGUAAAUGAUACCUCGGAUACAUCGCCUGACUAAAAUGAAAACUACAGUAGGAUUUUUGAAGGCUGCCAGGAAGCAAGGAAUGAAGACGUCGCAAUAUUGCUGAAUUAUGACAAGGGGAUAACCUCCGUUUCUGUAUUGACUCAACCAUACUACGUCAAGGCGUUUUCCAAAAUCCCGAAUAAAUUACAGGACACAGUAUCGGGAAGCCUUAUAGCUGGGAGUGACCCUCUCGGGGAUAGCUGCCUUCCAGGAAGGCACAAGUAUGUACCAUUCGCGAGGACCUGCAAAGCGUACCUUGUGACUCCUUGUGAAAGUCGCCUUAUCACCAGAUUAAUGUUACGCACUGACUUGCUAUCAUCGGUUCGACGGAACGGUCACCAUCUGUCCACAUUCAGUCAGGCAACCCACUAGAAAAGUGCGCGAUAGGGCGCUUUGUUCUGAACAUUCCAUCCGACUGUCUAAGAACAACAGAGCCUCAUUUAUUUACUAUAAAAACAUGCCUCCAGCACUAUCUGCAAACAUCCACCGGCUGUGUUCUGAAAAUUGUCACGUAGUCACUCGAAUUCACCACAUGUUGUUCACUUUAGAGCUUCUCGUUUUGAUGCCUCGUAGCCGGUCAAUGUGGUCUUAAAGGCAAUCGUAUUUUCAUCUACACACAUGAGCCAUCCUUUCGAAAGCCUCAAGAACCAUCCAGCAUAAUUGAUGUUCUGAAGAAAACUAAACUGUUCAGCCCCAACAUAAGGAGUCAAUGACACAUGGUUGUCAUUAAAUUUGGUAGUUCACGUUGCAGCCAAGUGAACUUAUUUCUGUAAUGAAUCCAUUAACUAAAGAGCUCUUUGACUUUCUUGCCUUAAUAACCCAUACAUAUCCCAACGGUAACUGUUCCACAAAGUGCAUCCUGUAAGCUAAAGAAAAGAUGGUCUGAAAUGUUCGAAAUAUUUAAUGAACUGAAGCAGUAAAUUUUCUCAUACGAAAAACGUACUUAGCGCAGAGACGCUUUUAUCCAUCACGAUGAUACUUUUCCUCGUGGAGUUUGAUACAGCCUUUGGUUCGAUCGACAACAGUGCCAAUUAGAGGGUCAUGGAGACUGAAGGUAUGUCUCCAAAACUAGUGAAAUUAAUUAAGACAUGUUCUAAGCUAACUGAUAGGAUGCUUCGAGAAGAGCGAGAACUUUGACAGCAAAGCUUCGUGUUCUCGUCAACUUUUUCGCGUUGAACCGUGGCCGUGUAAUAAUAAUGAUAAUAAUUGUAUUUAGUGCCAGGUUACAGACAUUGUUAGGGAAGCGUUAAACACAAAUCCGACCAGCAGAGAAAAAACUGCUGUCGAAAAGAAAUAAAAAUAAAGUUGAUGGUGGUUUUUAUAGUUUUGAGAGUUCAGGAGAAAAAAACAGCUGACCACAAAAUACUGACAGUGAAGAAGGGAGGGGUUGCACUGUAUUGGAUAUGAUCAGUCGCCAAUUCUUUUUAUGAAGUUGGGGCUGGUCCAAACAGAAGCGCCAAAGAACAGCUGCCACUGUUGGCUAACAAAAAUUGUCCCUGGUGAGACCGGCCAUUUGGAGAGUUCAUUCGCCAGAUUAAUUUAAAUUAAUUUAUUAAAUGCCAGCUUACAGGCAUUGUCAAGGGAAGCGAUUAAACACAAAUCCGACCAGCAGUGAAAAAAACUCCUGAGUUUAAGGGAUAAAAAUAUAGUUGAUGGUGGUUUUUAUGGUUUGGAGGGCUCAGGAGAAAAAACUGCCGGCGGUGGUAGAAUAUCGACCGUCAAGAAGGGGGGAGGUUGCACGGUAUCGGAAAUUAUCGGCCGUCAAUUCCUUUCAUGAAGUUGGGGAUGGUCAAAGUAGAGGCGUUGAGGAACAGCUGGUGAGACCGGCCAUAGUGUUCAGAGACCACAAACGCCAUCGCUACAGUAUAGUCGAUCAGUGGAUUCAGCACCCAAAAGUUGUGGGAGUUUUUCUGAAUGCAAAAAUCGAGUAAUCGUUCCCUUAAAUAAAGGAUAAUUCUGGGUAGUUUAUUCCAAAUAGCAAUUGGACUUACAGAAAAGAACUGACGAUAUUUAACGGUAUGUGCCAGAGGAAGGAAUAAAAAGACCUCACGGUGACUGUUACGUCGGGGGUGGGCAUGAUGUCUUAAAGUAGUGAGUGGGUUAAAGGUGCCAAUAUCUAAAAGCUUAAACAGCAAAAAUGGUGCCUUUUGUAAUCUACGAAACCAUAAAAGAUCAAGGCCUGUAAGCCGGCAACGUUCUUGGUAGGACGAAUGUCCGUGUUCCGGGGUUAAAACUCUCUUGGUAAAAAACUUUUGGACGGAUUCUAUCUUUUUCCACUCAGCAGCACGCAUGGGGGUAAAUAAAAACGAACGGUAUUCCAGGCCAGGUCGAACGUACAUGGUAUAUGAAGGACAUCGUCUUCAUAGGAAUCCCUUGGGCGAAACGCAGCCCGAUCUUAACUAGUAGUCGUUUCUUCCCUCAAGUACGGUUUAGAACUGAACGGUGGACAGGCCAGCCCUCAAUGCCACGGAGGCCUCCGUGAAUUGCUACUACCGGCGGACUACGUCCCGAACGCGAAACGUCAUCGCUGGUCAGCGACACCUUCUGCAGUCGAUGUGAUAGAAAGUCACUACCUCCGAUGGCUUGCUCACGCAGUCCGUCAACUCGAAAUACAGCUCGUCCUUGACCUAUGGUUCACGCAGACGGUCUCAUGACGGUCAAUAGCCAGUAAUUGAUGAGCGUUGUCGACAGGACAGGACAUUAGAAUUAACAUUUGCGGCUUGUGAGCCGUCAUCAGCCAGUGAUGCCCCAACCCCACGCAGCAGUUCUUGAUUAUUGACUACAACUCAUCGUGUGACCACCUGCGUGGACUCUAGGUCAUCCUCUUAAAAACAAAACGGGAACGCUGAUUUCCAUUCUGCAGCUUUCUUGUCCCAUUUAUGUCCAUCGCAUAUCUUAUUCAGAUAAUAGCUUUAUUGCAUUAUAAGAGGUACUUGUGUCAAUCAUUUGACGGACGUGUCGCUUACCGAGUGCAUUGCUCCUCCGGACGUCGACGGUGGAAACUUACAUCUAAAAAUCGAUAACUAAACAACUUCCACCCAUAUCGACAGUGUUUUACGCACACAGUAUGGAGCCUAGGCGAACAGCUUCUUACUCUCCUGGCAGUUGCCACUGACGCGCCAGUAGAAGUAGACGGUUUGCGUUACCAAGUGCAUACAGUUUCGCCAGCAUCUGCGCUGUUUGUUGCAGUGGAAGUUAUGAUACUGUACGACUUUUUGCCUUCGGUGAACUCCGUCGUCGAUGACGCCAACUGGUGAGUAGAAGUACCAGAUGCGUGCGUGCGAUAACCACUGGUUUGCGAACCAGGCCUUUUAUACCGGUCUGCUAUGUUACUCUACACCGAAACUGAGGCUACAUGAGUGUGGCAUGCUUUAGUCAAAGGCCUUUGUCACCCUAUUCCAUCUUAGGUUGGCCUGACUCGGACUUACUACUGAGGGGAAGAGUGAGGCCGAUACGGCUCGGACUCAGGGCAUGUCCCUCUUACCAUGAAAAUCUGACGCCCAUUACGGUCAUUAAAACGCUAUAAAAUUAUUGGAGCGGGAGUUGAUCUGACUGCAGUUGCUCUCCACUUAUGUGACCUUGAUGGGAGCCCCAAGUCCUUCCGGAAUCUAGUUCGUGUCUGUGGCGACCAGCAUGUGGGUGACAGAUCCAUUUUCAGUCCUCUCGAUCUCGUUUUGUUACUGGUACCUGGCAAGUGUGGACAGAGAAGGAGAGAGCACGGUAGGCGCGGUGCACGCUUUCAUCACUAUAAAACGAUUCACAUGCAAGUCACUACUGUACUCUCGGAAUUGCGGGGGUCCUUAUCAAUUACAAUGGGUGAAUUAUCAGUAUGCAGCUUAAAGUUGCCCCAAGGGGGCUGUAUACCUGCAGAACCAGCCGCCACAAGGAGCAUCUUUGGGAACUUCGAAAUUACGAUUUCUACUUGUAGGACCAACCCAGUCGUUUUAUUUUCCCAAUGAGCCCGACCGGCCAACUUUGCUUCGCACAAGAAAGCUGUGCUACCCUUAGUGGUUUUUCGUUGUUUCCCCACCGCUAAGUUCCAGUGCACUUGAUGAACUGACUUUUGUCUUAAAGGCUACAAACUGAGGUGUUUUUCAAAGCCCUUCAACUUGGUUACGUAAAACAGACAACCUUUUAUGAUGUAUCUUGUCAGGCAUCACUCGUGACCAGGAAUACUAUCAAUCAGCCAAGUGGUUCAAAAAAUAUUUCGAUUGUUCCAACUUUGCCGUCUUUUUCCCCUGUAGAUGCUGUCGAACCCAAAGAAACAGCUCUACAUCAGUAUAGUUAACUUUCUUGCAAGCGAACUUUCCAAUACUGACUAUACUGAGGACACAAUCGAAAGCCUUGAAGGUAGAUUCAUCGACUGUUUUCCUAUUGGGCCUUCAUCUUAUCAUGUCUAGUUGCGAAACAGUGUUUGGAGAGUGCGUUUCACCUUUCCGACCAACAGGAUGGCAAGACUGACAAUCUUCUCACAGUCUACGAACGAGGCCUCAAAGUGAUACACAUGCAUUUAUUUGACCCAAGUCUUAUAGGCUGCCCUCUCUUCUCCCUCCCCCCAAACUGCCCAGACUACAGCAGAGGUUAGUCCCGAAAAUAAGGCUGUUGCGGAAAGCCUGAAGACGCAGGGUUAGUUUGCAUCGUUAAAACUACUGCCAGCGUCAUUUAGGCAAUCACUGUAUGACAGAGGAGAAAUUCCACGAAGCAGUAACAUGCUACUCAAAGGCAAUCGAGUUGGAUCCCCACAACGCUGUAUACUUUUGCAAUCGGUAGGUUGUGUUCUAAAGGCCUUGAAACAGCGAACAGAAGCAUUUUAAAUGUGGAGCUCCUCCCUUGCCCUGACUGUCUGCCCCUUCUAGCCAUGCGUUUUUGGGUUUGGGUCAGGCGCCAAGGGAAGUCGAGAACCUUUGAACGCACGAAAUAUUGGCUUUUGCGGCCAUGAAGGGCAGUAUGGGUUGUGGGAUUUCUUACCUAGUGCAGAAUUUUGGAUUUAGGGAACUCUCACAGUCAGACAACUUGUGCACCAGAUGGAGUCGCGCGUGUCCCAACCGUCGUUCUGGACUCGCAAGGCGAGCCGCAUAUAAACCAAUGAGGCGGUGGCUACUUAUUAUAAUUAAGUACUAAAGCGCGUCUCGUCGUUUCUCCGCGGAUUGUUUGGGUUUGCCAAAGCAGCUGUUUUAUUUUUAUUUGAGCUUAGCAUUUGAAAACGCAAACUCCGAUUAGAACACUUUGCAGUCACAGGACUGCCCAGACUAGCUCUCUACAAAAGCGUGGGGCGGACGCGCCUCUGCUGCGACCGAUGAGCGGAAGGGUCUAGUGCUGCCUAGGCACCCCGUAAAUGGCCCAAGCUGCCCCUGCUAUAAUCCAUCAUCUGAUUCCUGAAUCUCAGAUAGAAACUAUAGUAGGUUGGCGUCUAAUGAUGUAGUGUCUACCACCACCACCACCACCACCACCACCACCACCACCACCACCACCACCACCACCACCACCACCACCACCACCACCACCACCACCACCACCGCCGCCGCCACCACCACCAGCACCACCACCGCCACCACCACCACCACCACCACCCUGAAGAGUCCGCUUCAAACAGCCUCCAAUGAGUCAGGGUGAGGUGCCUCAAACAUAGCAACCGCUCUGCCAACUAUCCAUCUGACCUGUAACUGAGUGAGCAGUAGAGUGUGCGACCACUGCAAACAGCCGACCUAAAACAUGCCUUACCACCACUUUGCAGGGCUGCAGCUUACAGCCGACUGAACAAUCAUGACGAAUCAAUCAGAGACUGCGAGCGCGCAGUCGCCAUCGAUGCAAACUACAGUAAAGCCUACGGUCGCAUGGGGUAGGUGUUUUUUUGUCCAUCCAAUUUGUCAACAAGAUUGGCUUACUCCAAUAAGGGCAACAUCCCCAAGGCCAUUGAUUGCUAUAAAAAGGCCAUCAGUCUGGAUCCGAAUAAUCGGAAUUUCCAGGAGAAUUUGUCAAUCGCGGAGGCCAGGCUGCGAGACUCCAACGCCGGAAGCGGACCACAGGUGGGAUUCGGAGGUCCCGGUGGGCUCGAUCUGGGAGCCCUGUUCUCCAGUCCAGCCAUACAAGAUCUGGCGCGCCAGUUUGUGUCCGAUCCAAAUCUACAGAAUACGUGAGUUUAUGUGAAUUUUGGUCUAACGUGUGGCUCCUACGAUGCAUUUUUAAAGGCUGAAGACUUUUUAGCAAAGAUGUGCCACCCUGGAAUCCUAACUUUUGCCACCGAUGUUGUGGGCCACUAAACUCUCUGUCUACGGCUGUCAAAUUUGAUUUUUUACAUUCAACUGACUGUGGGAUUCGGAUCCACUGCAACAAAGACAAGGCUUGAGUGUGACCAAAGCUAUAACCACGUGAGCAAUGAAGUCUCGGCCGGUAGUGUCGGUUUUUCCCUCAGUUACGUCAAGUCGCCCGCUCAACCCCACCCAUUGUGAUAUAAUAGGUUGGCUGCCCAAGCAGGUUUUCCCAGGCGAUCAACGUAGAAUCCACCAGAUGACUGCUGUACUCGUUUUCUAAGUCUGCUCUGGGGCCGAACCACAAUUUCUUUGGUUACGGUCGACACUCCGUUUUUAUUGACGCUGAAGUUCGAGAUAGUGAACUGAAAUCUAGGGUCGCGUUAUCCUAUUGGUUCCCCCCCCCCCCCGACAGCAGAAACUAUUUGCCGGAGAAUAAACAACUACUGGACCGCCAUCAGUAGUUCGGAUGUUGUAUUCGUUGAAUAGCAGGGCUGAUAGUCAAACAUGUGCUGCUGGAUGCCUCCUUAAACGACUCCGAACUCACGGUUGACGUUGGUCGUUCGACCCUACAAAAGUACAGUUAGGCACGGGAAUAUGGACUUAUCAUAUUACAGGUAGCCCUGUCUGAAAGUCCAGAGGGGUUAAGUUUAGGGCCAGAUUUAUUAGGGUUAUUGCUAGGUCUGCGGUUAGGCCCGGGAGCGUUAGGGUUAAAGUUGGGCGCGAGAAUAGCAACCCCGCUGGAAUUUAAAGCGAGGUCGUCUGUAGUACUGAGGGUUCAUAUUCCCAUGUCCGACUGGCCUUUCGGCCGCCCUUUCCGACGAUGUCCAUCGUGUGCUCCGCAGCAGAUGGGGACAGGGACGGUGACCUGCGUGUGAAAUACCUUAUAGAAGUACUUGACUUGUGAAGCAUCUACCCCACUCUCCCGUCUCCCACCUGGGGCCAGCGUUAUUAUACAGUCAAGAAGACCGGAGGCAGCCGGCACGGCGAAAACCCGCAUCUAGGCGUACCAGCACACCCCCUGGUCCACAACGUACACUGACCAUGAUUUUUCGGAUCAACUCGCAUCCCAACUGGCGCAGCGUGGGUCUCCAAUUGGGCCUGUCGUCACAGUCUCAAUUUGGGCAACCUCAAUAAGGCCUGUCAAGCACCGGUCUCUUCCCCGUGUUAGUCUAACGCAUCUACCCCGCGACCCGUUUUAGGAACACUGUGUCCGACCAAAAGCACUGACGUCAACCAACCGCCCAAGAGAUUUGGUGCACUUCGUUUCAGAGACAACACCCACGCUGCUACUAGAGCACAACUUACUGCUCAGCCAUGCAAAGAUCGCCAAAGAUCUGUCUGUCUUCGGCAAGGAUUUUUCUAUCUUCGGCUGGACAUCAAAGCCUCAAUGCAGUGUCAAGUGUUGUAUCUGAUGCCUGCGGAGUCGUGUCUUCUGCUAUUUGAUGGGUCUCACUGGUAGCGCAGCCUAAGUCAUCGUUGCCUUUAGCCUUCAAUCCUUUCGUUUGGACGCCGGGUUGGAUGUGAGCAGAAGAACUAGACUUGGUCCUGAAAGGCUGCCCCAGGGUGCUCUCUAGAUUGCAAACCUGCGCAAACCGGUUUAGAAUGUGCGGGUCAGACUGUUGUGUCAUGGACCUUUCAGAAAGUUACUCCUUCAGCUCUCUUCUUGUAGAUGAUUUAAACUGGGGUGAGCGCAUGUCGAGGGAAGUGAUGUUCGAGGAGUGGUGUUCACCUACUUAGCCCACUUGCGGAGCGAAAAGGGGCUUUCUCUUUUUCCUUAGAGUUCUGGUUCAACUUCAUCGCGGGCAGUCAAUGAUCGAGAGAUACUACUAACAACGAGUGAUUAUUGUCUGAUUGACUGUCGUCAUCGGACCAGGACCCUGAUCCGGAUCUUGAGCCUGUCGGUCUUAGGGUAUGACUGACUGUAGAGAACAAAUCGCCCAAAAGCAGCUGUUUAAAUCUCCCUUGACCCUGUCGUUAAUGAUUCCCAAUAUACAUUCAUUGCCUCAAUUCUGCAAGCUCGCGCCUGUUCAGCAGUCAACAGGACCCUGGAUCUAAAGUGUUUUCAAAUAACUUAUGAUCUACGCCAAAUUUUCUAGGUAUUUUGCGAGUCAGGUAUGAGAAUCAGUAACGACCUGAACCAAGGUCCAUCCUCACAUGUCGAAAUCUUUAGGCGUGGUCACAAGUAAAGAGAAUAGUUGAGUAGAUUUGGAAUGCCGGUACAUAACGGAAAUCCCCUCUGCUUUAGUCUGCAGGCCAUUGUAGGCGGGCACUCCAUAGCAUAGUAUAUUAAGGGUAGUAGGCGUUGCCCCUGAUGACCCUAUCGAAAACGGUACAUACAAUAUUUGCGUCAAACACGCGUUACUAAAAUGGUACCAGUAACGUAUUCGUCUAGAUAAAAUAUUUUUAGUGUUGAACCGUGAAGGUUAUGGCAGACGGUCCUUUCCAUGUACAUUUGAAAUUAUAAGUGCGAUUAUGUACAAUCAGCACAAAAUGUAGUUUGGGGGAACAAUGUGCAUCAAACGUGCAGGGAUGCGUCCACCUCGCCAUCAUGCUUCCCAACACUUUCUGAAGUACAUGUAGUGUUGUGAGCAAUGCUAACGGAGAAUUCGCAUUGUAUAUAUGCCGUAAAAUCAAUUUUUAUGGUUAUAAAAUAUGUAGCUUUCAUGUGAUUUCGAACAUGUGACGUCUCGCGAUUUGCAUCAACGAUUUUGGGGGAUUUUCUGGUCAGCCUACUCAUUUUAAUGCCUCUAUUCACAGGGUCUCAUCGAUGAUGCAGGGAAUACUGGGGGGUGGCGGUGCUGCAGCCUCCGGCGCCACUGGUGGUAGAGCGGACACUGCACCGAACGGUGGCUCCGAUGGACCUCCUCCUCCAACCAAUCCGAGUGCCGCUACCAAUGCGAACACCACUGGAGCGCCUCUGGACAACCUCCUUCGCAUGUAAGUCCUUUUGUCAGAAAUCCCAGUUGUACCUGGACAGCUGUCAGCUGUCUUCGUCGAAGGAAUACUUUGGUGGGGUUCUAAAGCUGACUAUCGUGCGGCAUGACCCUGUAGUAUUUCAGACACGCCUCCUUUUGGCCGCCUGUAAAAAUUACACUCGGUAAAUAAUAACUAUUCAGGUGAUAUGUAUCUUCCCCUAAUUUUCGGUGCCCUCACAAAUUCAAAUACAUUGCUUCCUCCUCGGUCGCGGGAGUUGCAUUACAGAAGUACCUGCAAAAAGCGAAGGUUCGCCUAGUAAAAACCAACAUGUUUUGAGGUGAUUUUUGCAUAUUUUAAGCCAUUAUGAACCACUCCUAUAAACAUUUCUCCUACGGUUAUACCGCAUCAACCCUUUAUAUUCUCCUAGGUAUUAAGAUUCGUUGAAAUUAGGAUACUUGGCCGAGCGCUCUGAUUAAGUAGCUUCUCAGUCAUCAAUCAAUAGCAAACUGGCGGAGGGAGCAUGUACCAGAAAUAAACGGGCCCAUUGUCCACAGAAAACCGCGAUGUAUGUGUUUAAAAAUGUCUCAAUGUAAGAUCCACAGCAGAGUGCAUCUCCUAAAGCCAAAGCGUGAUGUAUCGAGAGAUUAAUGAACAAGUAAACUCAAAGGUGCAGUUAGGGUUGGCUUACACAUUCAGUAGGUGGGCUAACUCAUGAAAUGUCGACCGAAAUUCCGAAAUGCGAUUUCGUUUCGAAAAGAUUAAGUAGUGUUGUGAAAAUAGUCAGCCCACAACAUAAUUCUAUAAUAUUUCAGUUACCUCAAGAUACCGGCUUUUGAACGAACUUCCUUCCGGCUGCAUGCAAAAACUACACUCUGUAAAAAACGACUGCUUAAGUAGCAUGCAUUUUUCUCGUUGAUUUUCGAUGCCCCAAUCUUUUCGAAACGAAAACGCGUUUCGGAAUUUCGGCUGACAUUUCAUAAGUUAGCCCACCUACUAUAGGUCUGGAACCUGCAGCUAAUCUGCCCGGGAUGGUCAGAAAUCCGCGGUAUAUUGUUAUGACCCGGUAGGAAGGUAGGACAGGAAGAGAGCCGGUUCGGAGGACAAGCACUUUAUUGGAACUUGCGGAUAGGAGGGGGUUCCAACUCGUAAGAAAGGUGUGCUAUUUAUUGGCUCCCGUGCGUUCUGGAACAUUCCGUCCAAUGACGUGCCAGUCGUAGAGGGCGUUCUAGAAUGUUCCUGUCCCGAGCGUGCUGGUCGCUGAUUGGCCACCGCGUGCGCGAUAGCCCCGCCGCGGAAACGUCUGGAAUGUUCGGCCAUCCAUUGAUUGGGCCGCACACGUGAGCAGAGCCACCACGCGUGCUCGGCGCUGCAGUGCGCGCCGGUCGGUUGUCUAACUUCGCGCGUGACUCACGUCGCCGACAUGGUCCCCUGUUUGGCGCCUUAGGCCGUGGCUCUACGCCGCUUUCACUCUCCAUAACAUAUAUAUUUAAAUGUGCUUGUAUGCUAAAUUCGCGAUAGUGUAAAGCCGCCAAAGCUACAAGGAAUUGCAGUAAGCAUGCAUCGUUCCGUAAGAACGAUCGGUGAGCGCCCCCUACCAUUGUAUAUUCCCGAUCGAAACCGACAGGGCAACGGGCUCUUGACCCAGUGGUUAGAGGUGUGGACUUCUAACUAACAGGUCGCAAGUUCGAGCCUCCGGUGUUCCACACUUCGGGGUUGGGUAUGACGGGCUGACGACAGCUAAUAAGCCAGAAAUGACCAUUCCAGUCUCCCUUGUCUUUGUCGGUAGCACCAUUCCGCCUACUCUUUUUAGUAUAUACUCGAUAACAAAUCAUCUACACUUCACAUUUUAUGCCUAAAGGAGGGGUAUAUUUAGGUUUUUUGGGAAAUGUUUCAAUUUUCGAACAAUUUUUUGCCCGACCUGCUAUUGCAUUUGCGUUAAGGGUUUUCAGUUGACUCGCUGUGUAUCCUUUCCGUGUGAUGAAAAUCAUACAUUCUUGUUCUAUUAAGGAGAUACCGUAUAGGGCUGAGACAGGAGUGAAUAAUUGACCCCGUUACACUGCCCCCAUCUCAGGACCUGCUGUUUGCGUUUGUUCUGACCAAAUUACGUGCCGGUAUGUGAGAUCCGGGCCGCCGACCCCUUUGUGUGAAGUCUUAGUGCAUUUCGCAGGUCAGGUCAUGUGUGUGGUACGCGCAGCCAGGCGGACACUGCGCCCAAUCUGCGCAUCAGCUGACGGUGGACGGUUGUCUGAGAGCGCAUAUUCCUAACUGUAAGCAAUCUGACGCGCUGGAAUACAUCGUGGUGCGCUAGGCGCCGCGGCCAGCAAGUCUGCCAACUGACGAAAUAUCUCGCCCCUCUUCGUAGGACGGAGGGUCAGGCUGCAAUGACUCCUCCGUAACGUAGCCUUUAUGACGCUCCGAAUUAAUUAUGAUCCGACGCUUAUUUCACAUGACACCCUCCUCAUCGUCCCCGCUGCCGGAGUAAUGGUAAGUGUCACCCCAAAAUGUGUGCGCACGGGAUUUUGACCAAGACCAGCAAAGGGAAGACAAAACGUACUUGCAGACAUAUCGACCAUCUAGAGACAGCAGUUUCCAGCCACGGAGCACAACACCACUCUAAUGUGGUCAUAAUUUUUUCGUUCUGACCAAAUUACGCGUCGGUAUGUGAGAUCCGGGCCGCCGAUCCAUUUGUGUGAAGUCUUAGUGCGUUUUGUGGGAGGUCAGGUCGUGUGUGUGGCACGCGCAGCCAGGCGGACACUGCGCCCAAUCUGCGCAUCAGCUGACGGUGGACGGUUGUUUGAGAGCGCAUAUUCCUAACUGUAAGCAAUCUGACGCGCUGGAAUACAUCGUGGUGCGCUAGACGCCGUGGCCAGCAACUGACGGAGGACGGAUGGCCAGGCUGCAAUGACUCCUUCGUAAGGUAGCCCUUUUGACACUCCCAAUUAACUAGGAUCCGACGCUUAUUUCACAUGAGACCCUCCUCAUCGUCUCCGCUGCCAGAGUACUAGUUAGUGUCAUCCCAAAAUGUGUGUGCACGGGAUUUUCACUAAGACCAGCAAACUAAGGGGAAUAAGGGAGGGAAGGCAAAGCGUACUUGCAGACAUAUCGACCAUUUAGAGACAGCAGUUUCCAGCCACGGAGCACAACACCAUUCUAAUGUGGUCAUUACUAUCUUUUGUUCUAGUGGGCAACAGUUCGCCCAGCAGAUGCAACAGGCGAACCCAGACCUGGUUAAUACUUUGCGUCAAAGGAUGCAGGACAUCGCAGGACAGCCGCCGGGAGACAGAAGUAAUGAUCAGAAUUCUGGUGGCAACUGA